AAAACACACACACACACACACAGAAAUUAAGGGGGAAAAAAGGCAGGGUAAAAAGUUGCUUUACGGUUUCACUUGUGGAGAGUAGAGGAGGCGGCCAAUUAGAAUCAAAGGGUAUCAAGCGACGAAAGUCAGAGCGUCAAGAACAGGCGGAGCAGGAGGAGGAGGGGCGGAGCUGAAGAGACGACAAAGAAGAAUUCAACUGAAACCUCCUCGCCAGUCAGCUCCUGUAGGAGUGGUGAUUCUUGGUUUGUGCACAGGUUUGUGGUUUGUUGUUGCGGAUGUCUCUGCAUCUAGGAAAUUUAUCAUCCCGAGUUCGAAGACAUGAACUUGAACGAAUUUUCCAACGUUUUGGAAGGUGUACUGUGCAAAUAAAAGACAAGUUCGGCUUUGUUGUUUAUGAAUACCCGUCAAAUGCUGAAAAAGCUUUGGGAGCACUACGGGGCACGAGGAUAUGUGGAGAAAGAAUCACCCUUUCCUGGUCCAAGAAGCAGCCGCAACCUCCUCAAAGCUAUUUUAGAAGGGGGAGGACGUACGAGCAACCACAGGGAAGGCACUUUCCAAAUGCUCGACAAGGUCAUAAUAAUAAUUUCAGGAAAGCUGAUAUUCCUCCUGACCUGAUUGAUGGACCAAAAGCUGAAGGCAUGGAAGGGUGUGCAGGAGAAAAAGGUCAUGACUAUGUUCAGUAUAUGUCUGAAAAAGGUGGUUACACUGAAGCAAAUAACUUAGAGAAUGAUACCUGGGAGGAGAAAGUUUUUGCAAAUAAUUUAUCGAACGGACAGGAUUUCGAUCGAUAUGAACCUUGCCUUGAUGAUGACAUGUACUCGCAACAGGGUUUUCGUGAGUCCACCCAUCAAGAUUGUUCACCAACUGCAAGGAAGUCUGAAGGAAAAACAGAAAUGGAGCAGGUUCCCGAGGCGACUUUGGAGCAAUCUAACUAUUUAAAAUGUCGGCACUUUGGUGAACGUAUAAAUGAUUAUCAAGAAAAGAAGGGGAGCAGUAAAGAGCAUCAACCCUCGGACGAAAAACAGUUGAAGAAAUGUAAAGUCCCUGGUUCAUCUUCCAUUCAUUCUGAUAAAACGGCAUCUGGAUCUCAGGCACCAUCCAAGUCGAUAAAAUCUUUGCCGGGCCCGCAUACAUGUUUAAGAUCUAAAUCAACGGCCUCAAGAAAACAGUCAUUGUCUUCUAGUUCAAGGUCUGGUUCAAUGUCAAGUCGUCAUAGGAUCACGGAGAAUGUGUCUCAGCAGCUUUCAAGGUCAAGUUCUCCUACGUCCUUAGCAUUAUCUGAUACACUUGAUCGGCCCCCAAAUAAGAUGCAGAUAAAUCACGAUGAUAUGGUCUGUUCUUCUCUCGGUGAACUGAAGGAGGGUUCUCUUCAUGUGGACAAUGAUACUUCAAGUGCACCUGUAAGACCUGCAGUUUAUGAGAAGAACUCUCACUCUUCUGGAGGGAAUAACAGACAUGCUAUUGUAGGAAAUGUGACUGAGAUGAAGAGAUCCAGUUUGACCCAGUCGGAGGACAGGAGUCAGGAUCCAGGGACUUAUUCUGCAAGGGCACUGACAAAGACAAAGGAAUUGGAAAUAAUGAGAGAAGAAACAGAGGCUUCACAAAGGUCCACUGUUGCCAGUUUGAUGAACAUAUCUUCCGAGGAGGUGUGCAAGGUUCUUAAGAACUGCAGUCAGAAGUACUGUAAUGCGAUUGAAGGAGAUUUAUCUCCACGCACGUACUUUGGUUGUGGUCGCUUAUGGCCUUGGGAAGUUAUUUACUAUAGGAGGCUUAAGAAAGGACCAAUAUCAAAGGAAAACUAUGCUCGAAGGCUCUUUCAGAACCAACAAUUUGGGAUUGUUGAUAAAUACAUCAGAAGUAGCAGUGGAUGGGGAGAACUGGCUAAUGAAAAUCGUUGACCUCGUUGCUGAUUUAACAGGUGCUCUGAUGCUGCUUGUCUUCGGAUGUUUUCAUAGUAUAGUGGGACCAGGUACUUACAAUGGUUUUUAAUUUCAGAGUGGUAAUGAACAUGUUAAAAUAUACAUAUGAGGUCUCGCAUUUUCUGAGAAUGUGAUUUGUUCUAUUAGUUUACCACAGGUAGGAUCUAACAUGUUCUUAUCAUAGCCUUAAAUCUUUUAGAUGCAACUGUACCCUUUUGGACUGGUGUAGGCAAUUUAAUACACAUGUUUAUGAAAGCGACCAACUCUUGUUACAUGUUCUUGUCUCCAUUUUAGGAAAUUUAUCCUUGUUGUGGUAAGUUAUCAGUUGGAUUUUUAAAAGUGCAUUUCAAAUUCUGG